AUGGCACCACGCCUGGCGUGCAGCUCACCCCGAGCUCUGUCAAGGUCAAUUUGCGCGAACAGAUGGAUUGCGACAAAGAGCUUCGGUGACGCGCCUUUCGCCCAUACCUGGCUCACAAAAACACCAGAAACAAUUACGACAGACGAUAUCCUGUCAAGCCUUUCUUUCUCGCCCGCCAAAGACACCACUCCCCUUCUCCUUGUUACUCCCAAAUUCGCACACUGGCUCGACCCGACCGAUGAAUUCCUCCCGAAACUGCUUGGUCGAUUGUAUACCGGCUCGGAUCCUAUAUAUGCCGUUGCAGCUAUCGUCGACAAACUCCCAAACAUAUCCGCAUUUCCCAUGGCACCCUCUCAGACAAGCGCCGCUUUUGAAGGCGCAGAGCCUGAAGGACUGUCUCUACUUGUUGUACCGCAGCUCAAUGUACAAGGGAAAGCUGCACCUCCUCACGCCGCCGAUCUCUCUACCCAUCAAAUUGGCUUGCGACUUGCGCAUACCAUAUUCGUCAACGGCAAGGAAUCGACGCUGCUUGGAAUGCGCUGGACUUGGGAUAAAACAGCGGGAGAUAAUGGAGCAUUCGCCUUGAACGACUCUGUUGAUUUGACAAACUGUAUUGUCAAGACUUCGUCAUCCGUUGCCGAUAUCCAAUCUACAUUGACAUUGCCGCUUCAUCCUGUCGGCCAGCGACGGAAAGUCAUCUCAAGCAUGGGUAACAUCUUGCGACAAGUAUCGAAAUCCACAGACCCGGAUUCGGUUGCACCUAUGCCCGCCUCCACCGAGUUAGAGAAGGAGCUCCCCCGCUAUAUCUCCGAGAAUAAUAUCGUCGACCAAAGGGUCUCUGUAUGGGCUUUGAUUGAGAAACCCACGGCGACUGUCUCAUGCUCGCAACAUGGCCUCUUGGAAUCUGUUUCUCACGGGGGCAAAUUACAUCGAGUCAUAAGCGGCGGAGGUGGAUGGGGAAAGAAACAAGGACUGCUUUCUCUAGAUCCAGAAAUCGCCUUUCCUGGCACCGCUGGUAAGGUGGAGCUCGAUCAUUUAGAUGAUCUCUUCAGUCACAACACAAGCAAGGUGUCAGACCUGCCGCCGCCUUUCCUAGAUGGUUUGGUUGGAGAUGAUCUCUCGAUACUGUCGCAAGUCGCAACGGAAGGCGACUUCAUCCAGUUCUACGUGUCAACGGAAUCAACACCUUCCCCACAAGAUGAGUCAAGGCAGAACAACGCGCCUUCAGACGCAAUCUCUUACUGUUUUGGAAUAGUGUCUGAUGCCGAACAACUUGAUACGCAUCCAAACGAGAAUAAAGCUCUUGCCUCGCUCCCAAAUACCUUUGGAGCACUCUCAGAGAAAGGGAUCACCUAUUCUCGAUCUAUGCCUAUGGACGAAGAGCAGCAGGAGACAACGGAAUGGGGGUCUGGUCUCCAUACGAAACUUGAUAUACCGGGAUGUCAGGUCAUUCUCAGUCCUGCAGUAGACUCUGAGUGA